AUGACUGGAGAUAUCGUCCUGUUGACCGGCGCCACCGGCAUGAUCGGCUUCAAAACCCUCGUCGAGCUCCUCGAAAACGGGUACACGGUUCGCGCGGCCGUCCGCAACCAGGCCGGCUUCGACAGGAUCUCCUCCCUGCCCUCUCUGCAAAAGUACAAGCCCCCACAACUCACCAGCUUCAUCGUCCCCGACAUCACCGUCCCCGGGGCCUACGACGAAGCCGUCAAGGGAGCAAAGUACAUUGUGCACGUCGCGUCUCCGAUACCAGACAACAGCGGACAAGACCAUGAAACCUCCCUCAUCCGGCCCGCCAUCCAGGGCACCGUGGGAAUACUCGAGUCCGCGCUCAAGGCGACAGGGAUCAAACGGGUGGUAAUCACAGCCAGCGUGGCAUCGAUUGCGAGCAGCGCCCGAAUGGCAACCGGCGAGGUCAUCAACGAAAAUACCCUCGACGUUGAGACGCAGCCUCCAUUCGCAGACGACUUGGCCGCCUACGCCGCCUCCAAGGCCCUCGCGUACCAGGCCACCAGGGACUUUGUAUCCGCGCACAAGCCGCCCUUUGACGUGAUCAACAUCAUGCCCGUGUUCGUGUUUGGCCGCGACGAGACCGUCACGGAAGCGGGCUCCAUUGCCAAGGGGACCAACGGCAUCCUCAUCGGCCCUCUUCUCGGCCACGCGGGCGGAUACCCCCUUCGCGGGGCGAGCGUGCACGUCGACGACGUUGCGAGGAUACAUGUGCUCGCGCUGGAUCCCAAAGUCCCGGGGAACCAGGACUUCCUGGCUGCCGCGGCGGAGGCCGGGGGCGUCGACUCUGCCCGGUCGUUUGAGAUUGUCAAGAGGCGGUACCCGGGGGAGUAUGCGGACGGCGUGUUCAAGUUUGACGGCGGCGCGGAGCCGUCUGCCACGGGGGCCAGGGUGGACGGCACAAAGGCUACUAGGGUCCUGGGGGUUCAGUACAAGACGUUUGAGGAGCAGGUUGUUUCUGUUGUGGAUCACUUUUUGGAGCUCACUGGCAGAAAGUAA